GAGGGAGAGCUCCUCCGCAGCCCUCUCGCUCCCCAGCUCCUCUGCGGGGAGGGGAGAAGGCGAGAGCCGGGUCCCCUCUCCCCCUCCCCGAGCCGUUCGGGCUCCCCGCUCGCUGCUCGGGGAGGCGAGCGGAGGCAGCAGAAGCCGGGGGCAGGCGGAGGGGAGGCGGCGAUGAAGGGCCGGCGGAGAGGAUGCCCCCGCCUCGCCCACCGCGCUGCAACUUCUCGGAGAACUCUCGCCCCCGCGCCGCCCCUCCCGGCCGCGCGUCCAACUUAAUGCCCCAGCGGCAGCCCCGGCCCCCGGCCCCCGCGUCCUUCGCCUCCCGCUGCCCGCGGAGCCCCCGGCCCCGGCGCUCGUGGGUCCCGCGGCGCCCGGGGCGGCGGCAUCGCGGCAUGCGGCGGCCCCGCGCACCAUGAGACACGGCACCGGGCGGGAGGCGGGCGGCGUCCCCGGCUCUUCGGCGGCGAGGAAGAGUUUGCCGGCUCCCGAGCCCGGCCUCCCGUGCGGCUGGAGCAGCCGGCACCGCAGCGGCAGGCACCGGAGAAGCGGCGGCAUCCAGCCCGGCGACACCGGCGGCUCCCGCGCCCAGGUGGCCAGCGCCGACAGCAGCAGCGGCGGCGGCGGCUGGCGCUUCCUCGCCGCGCUCCCGCAGCAUCCCAGAAAAAACUGCUUAGACAAUCUAAUGGAUGAAGAUGAGAAAGACAGGGCAAAGAGGGCUUCGCGUAACAAGUCUGAGAAGAAAAGGCGUGAUCAGUUCAAUGUUCUCAUCAAAGAGCUCAGCUCUAUGCUUCCAGGCAACACUCGCAAAAUGGACAAAACUACUGUGCUGGAAAAAGUCAUUGGCUUUCUGCAGAAACACAAUGAAGUCUCAGCACAGACGGAGAUUUCUGAAAUUCAGCAGGACUGGAAGCCUUCAUUUCUCAGCAACGAAGAAUUUACCCAGCUGAUGUUGGAGGCAUUAGAUGGCUUCAUUAUAGCAGUGACCACAGGUGGAAGCAUCAUCUAUGUGUCUGACAGCAUUACACCUCUUCUAGGGCAUUUACCGUGUGAUGUCUUGGAUCAGAAUUUGUUAAAUUUCCUCCCCGAACAAGAACAUUCAGAGAUUUAUAAGAUGUUAUCUUCUUGUAUGCUUAUGACGGAUUCUGCCUCAUCAGAUUACCUAAAAACUGACAAUGAACUAGAGUUUUAUUGUCAUCUUCUGAGAGGAAGUUUGAACCCAAAGGAAUUCCCAACAUAUGAAUACAUAAAAUUUGUAGGAAAUUUUCGGUCUUACAGCAAUGUGCCUAACUCCACUUGCAAUGGCUUUGAUGAGGCUGUCCCAAGGGCUUACAGAACAUCCCCGGGAAAGCAAGUCUGCUUCGUAGCAACUGUUCGUUUGGCAACACCUCAGUUUUUAAAGGAGAUGUGCAUCGUGGAAGAACCUCUAGAGGAAUUCACUUCAAGACACAGUCUAGAGUGGAAAUUUUUAUUCCUGGAUCACAGAGCACCGCCGAUUAUAGGAUACUUGCCUUUUGAAGUGCUGGGUACUUCAGGCUACGACUAUUACCAUAUAGAUGACCUAGAGCUGCUAGCAAGGUGCCAUGAACACUUGAUGCAGUUUGGCAAGGGGAAGUCGUGCUGCUAUCGGUUUCUGACCAAAGGACAGCAGUGGAUCUGGCUCCAGACCCAUUACUAUAUCACCUAUCACCAGUGGAACUCCAAGCCAGAGUUCAUUGUGUGCACUCACAUGGUGGUAAGUUAUGCAGAUGUUCGGGUGGAGAGGAGACAGGAGAUGGGCUUGGAAGAAGUGUCCUCAGAGGUUGUGUCCUCAGCACUAAAGGACAGUGGUGCCAGCUUGGAUCCUGAACAGCACUUUAAUGCACUUGAUAUUGGUGCCUCAAUCCUCGGCGCUAGUCGGACACCCUCAGCAUCAUCCAAGAGCUCACCAAAAUCUUCCCACACACCCAAGUCAGAUCCAGCAUCUACUCCAACAAAGCUGAUUGCUGAGACUAACACUCCCUUGCCAAAAACACCAAGCACACAGCAGGAUUUGUCCGUGCAUAGACUCAGUCAACCUACUACUCUUCAGGUUUCUUUGCCUUCUCAGACUCCAUGUGAGCUUCUUCCUCCAGCAACUCUGCAAAAUCAGCCUGCACCUCUGGCACAGUUCUCGGCACAGUUUAGCAUGUUCCAGACCAUCAAGGACCAGCUAGAGCAGCGGACCCGAAUCCUGCAGGCCAAUAUCCGGUGGCAGCAGGAGGAGCUCCAGAAGAUACAAGAGCAGCUCUGCCUGGUCCAGGACUCGAGCAUACAGAUGUUCCUACAGCAGCCAACGGUAUCCCUGAGCUUUAGCAAUACUCAGCAGCCAGAGCCACAACAGCUACAGCAGAGAUCCGGGGCCAUUUCUCAGCAGCAGCUUGCCCCCAGUCCUCAACUUCAAGGGCAAAUUGUAUCUUCGCAGACAGCAAACCAGCAAGCACUGAGAGAAGCAAGCGUGAUAUCAAGCCAGGGUCCGAAGACUCCGCAGCUCCCCGCGGGCAGCAGCCGCCCCUCUCGCAGAUCCCCGCCAUUCGCCGCAGCCCCCGCGGGCGGCUCCGCGGCGCCCCCUGCCGGCCCCGCCGCCGGCUGCAGCCACGACCAGCAGCUCAGACUGUUGCUCAGCCAGCCCAUUCAGCCCAUGAUGCCUGGGUCCUGUAACGCAAGACACCCUUCGGACCUCAGCAUGGUGGGAUCCCAGGCUAAAUACUCUCAACAAAUGUUUCAAAGUUUGGAAGUCCAGACUUCCAGCAGCAGCUCUCCAAUCGUACUGAUGGGACAAGCAGUGUUAAACCAAGGGUUCACCACUACACCUCCUUCCCAGCCAUCCUCUCUGCCACCUAUGCAACUCCAGCAACAACGCUACCUGCAGGUGCAAACAUCAAGUUCUUUGCGCAAUGAGCAACCCGAUUCUUUGCUCCUGCCAUCUUACUCGCCACAGCAAGGAAAUAUGGGGUAUCAUCAGCCGCCGCAGCAGCAGCAGCAGCAGCAACUAACAUCAAGAAGAAGCAAUAGCUUAUCAGAAUCAUCAAAUUUACCACAGACACUGCGAUAGAGUCCCACCAGCACAAUCAAUGCACAAUUAGCUUUAACCAAUGGGCACAUGGGGCAGAAGAGAAUGACUUCGUACUUACUGUUUUGGCUUUUGCACAAGCAUUUCUUUCAAAGCUCUAUGACAGAAGUACACCACAGAGUGCAGACUGCCACAGACAGUGCAUUUACGGCAUGCUGGAUUCAGUUUGCACUGUCUUGUUAGCACAGCACGUACUGACAGAGCAAAAUAAAAAGGAACACUAUCCUGUGCAGCCUCCAUCAUCAGUGGGUGUACGGGAGGAAGCAUUCAGUCUUGGCGUGUCACUCUGAAAGCUAUCUGGCAAUUCCAAAAGACUGUUGACAGACUUAUGAGGUACUUGGCCUUCACUGUUUCAGUUUUUCUUUUGUGUAUGAAAAGCACUGCGUCAAAGGUCUAUUGCGGAGAGAACAAGAGAUUAUUUUUAUUAUGAUUAUUGUUAUUAUUUUGCACAACUGCACAGAGGACAAAACCUAGGCACUUUCUGUAAAGAGAAGUUUGUUUCCUUAUUCUUGUGGCCAAAUUAGCACAUCCAAUGGAGGAGAAAGCCCAGUCAUUCGUGAAGAUGGUCUACAGCUCAUAAACUUUGAUUUAGAAUCUGAAAAGUAUUAUGCAGCUUACCCUAACUGUUCUUCAUAACUAGAAACAAAAAAAAAACAAGCUCACAACCCACACUGGACUGUUUUCUAUGUGAAUUGUGAUUGCAAAGAACUCAAAUUGUAAGCACAAUCAUGCAACUCUCCAAUAGUACAACGUGGAUUCUUCUUCAAACUAAACUCACCCACUGUUAAGUCUCUGUGAAAUAUGCACUGUGUUUUGGCCCACUGACUUGGGAUGCUGCAGACUAUUACAUAUCUCUUUCAUUAUAACAUUUAGGAUUGAAUUUUCCUUUGGGGGGAAAAAAAUGCACUUUUCGCUUUUUUUGUAUGUUUUCUGUUGAUAUGUUUCUAAGAAAGAUUUUAUGUAAUUAUUAAAUAAAAAGUAGUGUAUUGUACAGCUGUUGUAAUAAUGACCUAUUUCUAUAUAAAAUAAAAUUAUAUGGAAUUAUGUGGAAAUUAUUUUGUAUAUGAAAUAUCAACUCAUUUCACAAGUAUGAAGAUUGUGCUUGUGCUUUUUUUGUGAGUGGAUAUUUUGUAAUAAACUAAUGAACUAGAAAUGUUUUUGUGAAGGCAACUACUGUUUCAUGCUAUAUACAACUCAAACUAUUAUUUUUUCCAUUUAAUGAUGGACAGUUGUCUUUAUUU